AUGUCAAUUCCUUACAUCGCAUCUCCUGAUCAAUUCCAAUCUGCCCUACAACGCUCAGAAGCUCUAAUCGUCUAUUUCACAGCGGUUUGGUGUGGUCCUUGUCAAGCAAUUGCCCCAAUUGUCGAGAAGCUAUAUACAAGUUUUACCAAUAUUGAUGUGUUCAAAGUUGACCUAGACUCAAAUAAGGCAUUGGCGUCUCAACAAUCGAUUAGUGCGGUGCCAACUUUCAUCCUGUUCCAUAAGGGUAAAGAGAUUAGUAGAAUCCAAGGUGCAAAUAUCCAAGCUUUGAAUGAAGGUUUUAAGAAAUUGAGUGAUUUAGCUCCAAAUGCUAAAAGACAAGCUGUCAGUUCAACUAAUGAAUCAUCAUCAUCAAGUGGUGGAUCCAAUAUUGAUGCAACAAUUGCUAAAUAUGUUCCAAAGGGGUUCCAAAUCUUGAAUGAUUCUAUAUUUUUCGGUGAUUUUGAAUCAUUAAACACUGUUGCAUAUGAUCAUUCUAAUAAAGAUUUAAAGAAUUUCAUUAGAUCUAAUCCAGAUACAGAAUCAAGUAAUUCAAUCAUUUCAGAUGCUGAUGAACAAUUGUUAUUACAUAUCCCUCUAACAAAUUUAGCUAAGAUUUAUUCAAUAUUGAUUAAAUUUAAAUCUCCAGUUAAAAAAGGUGAAGUGGAGAUUGAUGAAGUGCAAAAACCUAAAAAUAUCAAAGUUUGGAAUAAUAGAACAAGUAUUAUAUCUUUUGAAGAUGUUGAUUCUUUUAUUAGUCAACAUGAAGAAGAAUUAUUAGAUAAUGGUUGGGAUUCUAAUGGGUGGUAUGAAAUUAAAUUAAAAUAUGUUAGAUUUCAAAAAGUUUCAAGUAUAGAUUUAUUUAUAGAUGGUGAUGAUGAUGAAUUACAUACCUUAGUUGAUAAAGUUGUUUUAAUUGGUGUUGAUGGUGAAAGUAAAAAUCAAGGAAAGAUUGAAAAAUUGGGUGAGGAAUAA